UGACAUGCAGUUAUGCUGCUGCGCUGCCAAAAUAGUUCCAGUUGGUACCGAAGUGCACGGCGUAGAACUGCAAAGGGCCUCCUCCUCCUAUUUGCCUAAGGCCGGCCCUGAUUGCAGAGAGUAUAAUCUCUCGUGUUCCCCGCCUGCCUGAGAAAUGCGUGGGAGAAGUACAAACUCACUAACAGACAAUGCCGUGAAUAAAGAUGCCCUGUUAGAUGUUUACUCGUGGAUGGUAGCUAGCGUGUGGCCAGUGUCAGCUUCUGUCAUGGCAGGAAACGCUGACAUUCGUAAUCCCACUGAGGUGCACAUGAGUCAGAUGGUUUUGCCCUGUCAUGCCAACCAUAGGAGCCAGCUCAGUACUGGACAACUACUCAAAUGGAUUGACACUGCAGCCUGCCUGUCUGCUGAGAGACAUGCCGGCUGUCCCUGUGUCACUGCAUCUAUGGAUGACAUCUAUUUUGAGCAUACGAUCAGUGUGGGUCAAGUUGUUAACUUGAAGACAAAAGUGAACCGCGCUUUUAACUCUAGUAUGGAGGUUGGGAUCCAGGUUAAUUCAGAAGAUUUAUGCAGUGGAAAGGAAUGGAAAGUGUGUCAAGCAUUCGCCACAUUUGUAGCACAAGCACAAGCCAAGGGCAAGGUAAAGCUCCGUCCCCUCACCCCAGUAACUGAAGAUGAAAAGUUGGAACACAGUAUUGCUGCUGAAAGAAGGCGCAUGAGACUUGUCCAUACUGACAUAAUCAAAGACCUGCUUGUCAAGUGCACCCUUCAGGAUGAACGAAGCCGGGAAGGAAAUGUGAAUGGGGAGGUGCUUGCCCAAGCGACCCGGGUAGAGAGCGUGGAACUGGUGCUGCCUCCGCAUGCAAACCAUCAGGGAAACACAUUUGGCGGGCAAAUCAUGGCCUGGAUGGUCAAUGUUGCCACUAUAGCUGCCAGCCGUCUAUGUCACACCCAUCCUACUCUCAAGGUCAUAGAGAUGUUCCACUUUCGGGGGCCUUCCCAGGUUGGCGACAGGCUCAUUUUAAAGGCCAUUGUGAACAACGCUUUCAAAGACAGUAUGGAAGUUGGCGUUUGUGCAGAGGCAUUCUGUCAUGAGAUGAAUGUGCCCAGGCGACAUAUCAACAGCGCAUUUAUGACCUUUAUGGUUCUGGAUGAAAAAAAUCAUCCAUGUGUUUUACCUCGCAUAAAACCAGAUGAAGGGGAUGGACAAAGAAGGUACAAGGAAGCACUUGCUCGCAGAAAGAUCAGACUGGACCGAAAAUAUGUGACCUCCUGUAAGCAAUCAGAAGUCCCACUGUCUGUUCCAUGGGAUCCAAGUAACCAGGUAUAUCUGAGUUACAACAAUGUUUCUGCCUUGAAAAUGCUGGUGUCCAAAACUGACUGGGUAUUAGCAUCUGAAAUAAACACGGUUCGUCUGUACACAUUGGAAGAAGAUGGUUAUUUGUCCUUCAAGGUUGAAAUGAGAGUUUCUAUUGAUGCCAGAGAAGUGUUUGAACUACUCUCGGACUUAAGCCGUAGAAACCAGUGGGAUGCCACCUAUCAGGAAUGUCAACUGCUGCAGCAGGUUAAUGCUGAUGAUGCCAUUUAUCAUGUGAUCAGCACAAUGCGUUCCUCUGAGAAGCGUUUGCAGGAUUUUAUUAUUCUGGCAUCAAGAAGGCAGCCUUGUGAUGUUGGGGACCCUUAUGUUGUAGCCUUUCGGUCAGUUAUCCUCCCUGCUUACCCUCCAUGUAAAGAAUAUACCCGAGGGGAGACACUCUGCGCUGGAUUUUGUGUCUGGCCCGAGAAAGAACAUAUGACAAAGAUUUCCUACUACAACCAGUUUACUCCUGGAAUUGUGCAGUACAUAACAACCAAUAUUGCUGGGCUUUCAUCAGAUUUCUACAAUUCGUUCCAAGCAUGUGAGCGGUUCCUAAUUGAGAACACAAGAAGCAAGACUUUUGUCUAAAAUGUCUGGGCUUAGGGAAGCUGAAAUCACUUUAAAAAAAAAAAGCACAACGCUGCAAUACUUUACCAGGAGACCGACUGUUUUUAUUUUAGGUACAAUCCAGUCCUACAGUAUGAUACACAUAGUACGUAGCUCUUAAUGUUAGCACACACUGCACUUUGAAAAUGGAUUUCAUCCUUAUAGGUUUACUGAGUGGUGGAUGGAACUGCAUUUAGCUACGGGGAGUGUGAAUAACUCUAAAUGAAUGAUAUUGCCUUGUAUUGAAACAACAGAUAAAAUAACCAAGAUAUGUCUUCCGAUACAUUGAAUGCCCCAGCUGUUCAGUUUGCCAUUGUUCUGGUGUAACUUUUAGAUGACAGGCUGGUACUGACAUCAUUUUGACACUUUCAUCAAGAAAUUUUAACUUGAUGGUCAUUAAGCAUAAGAAUAAUUCAGAAAAAGUCCAUGUUUCUCUCCCUUUUGUUUGUAUGAACAAAAAUGAUACAUUGAUUCAUAACUAGAUUAUAUAUAUGGCAUGUUGGGAAUGGAAAAGAAGUGCAGAAUUCAAAAGGUCAACCUGGCAAAGUGGCUUGGUUAAUUUAAUACUUACUGUUAGACACUACUGAUAAGGGGAUUUCAUGCUUUCUUGGCCAGACACUUUUUAAAAGUGAUAGGACAAGUAGCAAUAAAAGUUACUGGUAUGAUCCGCAAGCACCUGAUGCAUGCUGGGAAUCAAGGCUGUAGCAAUAAGUUGAGAAAGUACUCUGGAGUUCAGGAAGCCAAAGACCGGUGCAACCAGUUGCACACAUAAAUGUACAAACCAAAAGGGACAAUUUUAUUCCUGGUCCAUGAAUUAUACACGUCAGUGAAAAUGUUUACUUAACAUAAUCUUGCUAAGGUUUUUUACUAGACUGAAUUGAUGGUUCUGAAGAAUGGGCAACACAGUGCUGCAAAGUAAAAUGGAAAUGAAGGCAUGCUUUUAAUUGAAGAUGAUGUGCUUCCAGAAGAGGGCAGAGAAGGAAAGUAAUGCCCCCUGGCCAACCCUGCUUUGAAUAGGGGAAACAAAUAAUAAGAGAUGGCCAACCAUCCAGCUGCUGUUGAAAUAGAACUUCCAUCAUCCCCUGAGAACCUUUGAGUGCUGGUUGAAUUCUGGGAGUUGGAGCAUCCCAGGGCAAAUACCUACCCUACCCUAAAACCAGCCCUUAUGUAAAAAUGACAUUUUUAUUGGCAAAGAAUGUCGCUGCAGAAAGGUUUCUCUUAUUACAGAAUUAUACACUAUCUUGCACUAAGCUGCUGCAGUUGAUGGAGAGCCUUUAACUGGCUUUGCUGGCUGAAUAUUCAUUUAAUUUCCUACAAUGGCAGGUUUCUAAUGUUCUUCCUUUCACAUUCAGCUGGACUGGAUGCAUUUUCAAAACUUGUAAGCGUUGUUUAUUUUACAUUGCACUACCUUUUGUAGAUGGUGUAAAUAAUUAACCCAGCAAGCAGUAUAACAACAUGCAGACUUCUUUUGGCCAGGAUGAAUAGACAGCCCUAAGUUGCACAAACAUUUUAUAACCUCACAAAUUUGGAAUAGUAAACAGUUUUUAUAUGUGGAAAAA